GCGAUUGGCAACUACGUGGCGCAACGCUAUAAAUCAGUCAGACCACUUCGCAGCUUUCCUGCAAAAGGAAGCGGUGAAAGUCUUCGUUGGGCCUCCAUCCUCGGCUCUGCUCGUCACCCUCUUCGCUCUCAAUCUCCAUUUCCGUCAUCAACUGUUAUAGAAGAUGAGUUCGGCGGGUGUGAAGGAAGAUUGUCUCGGUUGGGCUGCCCGAGACCCUUCUGGGUUUCUCUCCCCCUACAGAUUCAGCCGCAGGGCCGUGGGAAGCGAUGACAUCUUGAUUAGGAUCACGCACUGUGGAGUGUGCUAUGCAGAUGUUGCUUGGACUAGGAAUGUGCAAGGACACUCCAAGUAUCCUCUGGUGCCAGGGCACGAGAUAGUUGGAAUUGUGAAAGAGGUUGGCUCCAGUGUCCAACGCUUCAAAGUCGGCGAUCAUGUGGGCGUGGGAACUUAUGUCAAUUCAUGCAGAGAGUGCGAGUACUGCAAUGACGGACUAGAAGUCCAAUGCGACAAGAUGGUUUUGACUUUUGAUGGAAUUGAUGCAGAUGGUACAGUCACAAAGGGAGGAUAUUCUAGUCACAUAGUCGUUCAUGAAAGGUACUGCUUUAGGAUACCGGAAAACUACCCGAUGCAUUUAGCAGCACCAUUGCUCUGUGCUGGAAUCACAGUAUAUGCUCCGAUGAUGCGUUACAAGAUGAACCAACCUGGUAAAUCUCUAGGCGUAAUUGGACUUGGUGGGCUAGGUCACAUGGCAGUUAAGUUUGGGAAGGCUUUUGGACUUAAAGUCACAGUGUUCAGUACAAGCAUUUCUAAAAAGGAGGAAGCACUGAGCCUGCUUGGCGCGGACCAUUUCGUUAUCUCAUCUGACCAAGAGCGGAUGAAGGCCAUGGUUAAGUCCCUGGACUUUAUAAUCGACACGGCAUCUGGCGAUCACCCAUUCGAUCCUUACAUGUCUCUUUUGAAGACGGGUGGUGUUCUAGCACUGGUUGGGUUCCCGAGCGAAGUUAAAUUCAGUCCGGCAAGCCUUAACCUCAGUAUGAGGAGUGUUUCGGGUAGCAUCACGGGAGGAACAAAGGAUACUCAAGAAAUGAUAGACCUCUGUGCAGCGCAGAAGAUAUACCCGAAAAUCGAAGUGAUACCGAUCGACUAUGCGAAUGAAGCCCUUGAGAGGCUCAUCAAGAGAGAUGUUAAGUACCGAUUUGUGAUCGACAUUGAGAACUCCUUGAAGUGACACCAUCAAUGUGGGAAGUAGGAAAAUCACACGGAGAGGAAAAGUGGGAAUUUCGGAGAGAGGAGAGCGCCAUGUCUGCCUUUUAACUUGCUCUGACUAUGCCUAUUGUACUUUCGUAGUCGGGAACUUAUAGCUGAAAUGAGUGAAUGGGUAAUGAAAUCCUUGUACUUCUCUAUG